AAAUUGGCAUUGUGAUUACAGGAGCGAGUGUUGUGUAUUAUGAUAGUUGCUGUAAAGCUGGAUUGUUAGCCUGGAAAAUCCAAAUUAUAAACCUGGAAAAGCAGUGACUGUACACACUCCCUCACAGCCGGUGGCGCUGUGCAAAGCACUCCGCUUUAAACCGACGAAGAAGACAGCUGUCCCACAGUCCGACAUUACCAAACCGGGCAGACGAGAUGCUGCCGGAGGUUUGUUUCUGCAGCAACUAGGAGUUAUUCAGCGGACAGGUACUCCACGAUGAGCGCCAUGCGAACCAUCCUGAGCUCCGGGGCGCUCGUCGCCGUGCUGGGGCUCGGCUACGGGAUGUGGGCCAUCAUAUCUCCAGGAGAAGAGAGGCGCAGAGAGCUCAUCAAGAAUCUGCCUGAGUCGAAUCCGGUGAGGAUGGAAGAGACGAGGAAGAGGAACAUUCUGGUGAUGCAGGCGCUGAAGGAGGCGGCUGAAACCAGCGACAACAUUGCACGAGGAUUUGGAGGACCUCCCAAAUAGAGCAGCUCUGUGACCUGUUUGGAAGUGCUCUGCGCGUUAAAUGCUGCCGUCAUGCAGCUGCAGAUAAAGAUGGACACAAUUUACCGUUGUCUGUUAAAGUUGUUUAUUAAAACUAUGAUUUCAGUCUC